GCCUAACGUGACAAGAAUCACCUUCUCACUUUUGUGAAGGUCAUAAGGACGAACGGUCAAAAAAAUUUGUUAUUGUAUCAAUAUCAAUUUCAUUAAAUACUAUCAUUAGCUGUAACACAAUCAAACCAAACAUGGGACGAAAAUUUUUUGUCGGUGGAAAUUGGAAAAUGAAUGGGAACAAAAAAGAAAUUGACGAUAUCGUUGCAUUUCUUAAAGCUGGUCCAUUGGACCCUAACGUUGAUGUUGUUGUUGGUGUACCAUCCAUUUAUCUUACAUAUGUAAAAAGCAUUUUGCCUAGUAAUGUUGAUAUUAGCGGUCAGAAUGCAUAUAAAGUAGCUAAGGGAGCUUUCACAGGUGAAAUUAGUCCAGCUAUGCUUCUUGACAAUUCCAUCCCAUGGGUGAUUCUUGGACAUUCUGAACGUAGAAAUGUUUUUGGAGAAACAGAUGAAUUGAUUGCAGAAAAAGUUGCUCAUUCAUUGGAAGCUGGAUUGAAAGUAAUAGCCUGUAUUGGAGAAAAAUUAGAAGAACGUGAAGAAGGGAAAACAGAAGAAGUAGUUUUUCGUCAAACAAAAGCUAUUGCAGAUAAAAUUAAAUCAUGGGACAAUGUAGUUCUUGCAUAUGAACCUGUUUGGGCAAUUGGAACAGGUAAAACUGCUACACCUGAACAAGCACAAGAAGUCCAUGAGAAAUUACGAAGCUGGUUUACUAAGAAUGUAAAUGCAAAUGUUGCUGAAACACUUAGAAUUAUUUAUGGUGGAUCCGUAACAGCAGGAAAUGCUAAAGAUUUAGCAAAAGAAAAGGACAUUGAUGGAUUUUUAGUUGGAGGUGCUUCUUUGAAACCAGAUUUUGUACAAAUUGUAAAUGCUAAACAGUGAAUUCAAUGGAUAACAU